UAAAAGGCGGGAGGAGGGAGCACCACGUAAGGUGCAGAAGACGAGGCAAACAUACAGAGAGGAAAAGAAAUUUGGUUACUUGUGAUUAAUUAACUUAAAAUGCUGACUUUAACAUCUUCUUCUGAAGCUAUACUCAACCUUAACUUACAACAUUCUUCUCUAAAACCUCUCAAAUUUUUCAACACUCGUCCUACUUCGUUUAUUCCUCACUCGCGGAAGCAGAAAUCUAGGCCUAUCUGUCGGAAUUCAAGGAAUUCAAGAAAAUGGCCUCAAAAUCACAACGCAAAUGCUGAGCAGUUGGGCCAUCUACUAGAAACUUCAUCUUACGUUGCCGAUAAUAUUGGGCUCACAUCCAUUGAUGAGCAGAACCCCAAAGCACUUCCAAGACAAAUGCGAGUUCAACAAAACUUCGAUGCAAUGCGUAAAAUUCAUGGAUCAAUUAGCUCAAGUUACAAAGAUUGCGUGAGAACAUUUCCCAAGAUCGAAGAUCUUGGAGUUUUAGAUAUGUUAUCCCAUAGUUGGCUUAAGUUUCCAAUGCUCCUUGGCUUCCUCACGCUGCAAGGAUCUCAGCAUGCCAUGGCUGCUUCUGAGAUUGGUACUGGGUUGCAGUCAAUUCCUUACUUAGGCGAUCUUGGUGAUCUUAGCACAGGUUUUGCUUCAGCAUUCUUGCUGAUUUUCUUUUCUGAACUAGGGGACAAGACCUUCUUCAUUGCGGCACUUUUAGCAGCUAGGAAUUCUGCUGCUGUUGUUUUUGCUGGAACUUUUGGCGCGCUUGCGGCAAUGACCAUUAUAUCUGUCGCUCUUGGCCGGACAUUUCAUUAUGUUGAUGAUAUUCUUCCUUUCAGAUUUGGUGACAGUGAUUUGCCUCUUGAUGAUAUCGCAGCAGUGUGCCUUUUGGUUUAUUUUGGAGUAUCCACCUUGGUUGACGCUGCAUCAAGUGAUGGCCAAAAAACUGAAGAAGAACAAAAAGAGGCAGAGAUAGCAGUAUCUGAUUUUUCAGGAGAUGGUGCUGGUAUACUUGCUGCAGCUAGCACGAUAGUUAGCACUUUCGCUCUGGUUUUUGUUGCUGAAUGGGGUGACAAAUCUUUCUUCUCCACAAUAGCACUUGCAGCAGCUUCUUCACCUCUUGGAGUAAUCGGAGGUGCAACAGCAGGCCAUGCCGCCGCUACCUUGCUUGCUGUUUUGGGUGGAUCAUUAUUAGGCACAUUCUUGUCAGAAAGGAUUAUUGCUUAUGUUGGAGGCAGUCUUUUUCUAGUCUUUGCAGCCAUAACACUGGUUGAUAUAGUGACAUAGAUAGUAGAGUUGGAAACUAUCUAACACUAAUAUCUUUUUGCAAUCAGACACGGAAUGAAUAGAUUACUGUAAAUAUAUUUGAGACAAUAUUUUUAGGCAUUAACAUUGUCUUAUUAAUUCAUGGGUUCUACAAUUUCCUACUGUAUAACCAAUCAUUAUUAUGUAUGCCAACCAAUAUGCUAUACGGUCUCGACAAAGUUGUUCAACAUGGAUCACAUUGCUGCUCAAUUUAGUUUUCAGAGUCCUCAUUGUAGACAUACAUAAAGUUUACAACCACUGAGUGAGAACUAGUCUGCAUAUUCUUUUUAAAAUGGCUACAAUAUAAGAGACGUUAUCAAAUAACGAAAUUUGCUUGACAU